CAUGCAAACUCCACACACACAAGGCGGAGGCGGGAAUCGAACCCCCAACCCUGGAGGUGUGAGGCGAACGUGCUAACCACUAAGCCACCGUGUCCCCACCUGUUUAAUAUGAAAUCCUAAUAUAGAGGAUGUAUCAGAUAUUAAACUGAUAAGAACAGAUACUUCACCUGAUCUUAGCCAAAAACAAAAUGUUGGAAUGUCCCAAAAAUGCCACUGGAUUUUGAGUCGGACCUUUUGUAGUGUUUGUUAUACUGAAAAGCACGACGCUACGCCUUCAUGUAAAGCACGGCGGUAGGUGUAUGAUAGUGUAUAAUAGUGUAUAAUAGUCAUAUUAACAAUUGUGCUUUAGUUCUGUUUUCAACAAGUGUUUUAUUGUGAAGUCAGCUUCAGAACUGCACCUCAUGUUAAGUCACAGGACAGCGAGGAACGCCCCCUGUCACAUACAUGAGCUCACAGAUGCCCUGAUUGGCUGUUGUUGCUAUGACAGGGAGGGAAGAGAGACAGUAAGCCAUCAUCCAGCGACAGAACAUGACCAAUGACACGCUAAGCUCUCUCGUCACCGGCCGCGCCUCGUUCCUCAUUCUGCAAAAUGUAACUCGUCUCUAAGUGCGCAAAAGGAAAUACAAUCCCGAAGAUGGCGACGAAGCGAUUAAAAGUCCGCAAUCUGGAUAAAAAAGUGUAAGGAAAAGGAUUCUCUGUUGCUAAGCUGAUAAUUGUGUACAUUUCCUCACUAAUUCAGCUAGGCGUAAAAUGUUUAGUGAUAUUUAGACACCACUUAGUGUUUAUUUACACCCAGAAUGUGAUUCUGGAGGUUGUCUUUGAGUCCUCGUCUCCUCGGGGAGCUUCUCGGAGCCACGCUUGCCUCCGGCUCGCUCGUUACGGAUCGUAUUUAGAUCUCGGUAACGCUGCAUCGUGAUGAUGUUUACUGUUAAACGUUCUGUACGAGUAAAAGAAAAGAACGUGAUGGAAAGCUCCGUGCUUUCUGUACGUACGUUCCUAAAUAAACACCCCGAAUUAGCAAAAGGACAGAAGAGCAUUCACUAGUUGUGCAGAAUGCAACAACAACAUGUCUAUAGUAGGCAUAUAAAAAAAAAGACACGCUGCCAGCUCCACUGUCUUGCCUGCAUCAGCUAUAAGCCUUCACUGGACCGGGUCACAUGGAAAAGCGGUGAAAGGCCUUCAGCUUUAUGGGCCUCUGUGCUAUGUUGCUUGGUCAGGAGUUCACACAAAAGGCACCACAUGGUUUCUGGCUUUUGUUUUGGGUAUAAAAGAAAGGAGAUAACACCUGAUACGGCAUCAGCUCACCAGCAAAGCUCACGCUGACCGACAAAGCUCCCUAACUCAUUACCACCAUGGCCAGGGUCGUCUUCUACGAGGACCGGAACUUCACGGGCCGCUCCUACGAGUGCAGCAGCGACUGUUCCGACAUGUCCUCCUACCUGAGCCGCUGCCACUCGUGCAAGGUGGAGAGCGGCUGCUGGAUGGUGUACGAUCGGCCCAACUUCAUGGGAAACCAGUACUUCAUCAGGAGGGGCGAGUACCCUGACUACAUGAGCAUGUGGGGCUGGGGCAACAACUGCAUCAGGUCCUGCCGCAUGAUCCCUAUGCACAGGGGCAACUACAGGAUGAGGAUCUAUGAGAGGGAGAAUUACAUGGGGCAGAUGAUGGAGCUGAGCGACGACUGCGACUCUAUCACGGAUCGCUACCACUGGUCCGGCGGAUGCCACUCGUGCCACGUGAUGGACGGCCACUGGCUGGCGUACGAGCAUCCUCAAUACAGAGGCAGGAUGUGGUACUUCAGGCCCGGAGAGUACCGCAGCUUCAGGGACUACGGCAACAUGAACUUCAUGAGCGCGAGACGCAUCAAGGAUUCCUGGUAUUAAAUAAUAAAUAAUAAAUCCUGGUCUAAUCAGUGACCCCAACAUCGUGUGAACAUCACGAGCAAAGAAAUAAAUAAAGCAGUAAAUCAGAAGGAAUCAUUCUGUAAGCUUUUCUCUUUGUGUGUGUGUGUGAAAGCGUUCGGCGGUGCUGUUGCAUUCUGGGUAUUUUCGUUGAAUCAGGAACAAUUUGUUGGUGUGAUAAAGUGGACUAACCGUUCCCACGGAGAAGCGGCGGAACAAACCGUCGGCCGUCUUCCACGUACAAUGAGCUCACAGGUGCCUGUGAUUGGCCGGAGUCGCCUGUCCUCGGCUAGCGGCGGAGGAAAGAAAGCAACUCCGUCUUACCCAGAGAUCACGGCCUGUUUUCUCACGUAGCUCGCGGUGACGGACGGCUGCUUCGUCGGCCGAAUUUUAACUCGCAACGAUAAGACGAAGACUCUUCCUCGUCGUCGCGUCAGACGCACGACGACGUCAUCGUACUCUGAAACGUCCGUAAUGUUCGCCACUUAUCAGUUGACGCCCAGAAAUAAACCCGAUUUGCAGUAAAGCAGUUACUGAAACCGCUGUAACAUUAACAUUACCGAAUGCAAGUAUUACACGGUUCUAAAGAGUUGAAGCGUUCCGCUGCUGCGAAUUACGCUCGCGAGUUAGUAGUUUUCGAGUCUCCAUAAACUUUGUGUUUGUGUAGGCCGUGUUGUGUUAUUUUACUCGAUGUCCUACAGCAAAUAAGCAGACAGAAACAUAAUGGAUGAAGAGAAAAGUCGGCGCUCGAUACGUCCCGUGGUGAUUCGCGGCAGCGCAAACAAACAGGAAGAAAAAAAAAAGGCACGGUAAAGAAAGGAUGAUUAAUUCAGUUCUUAGCGAAAGGUCAAACUACAGGUCUUUUCCCUCCAUAUACAGAUACAGAUAAACAGGAUAUAGGGGGCUAUGAAUCAGACACGAAUUCAUUUCAGCGCAGAAUAAACAAGGAUCGAUACCU